CUUAUGUAAAUAUUUGUUCACCAAGUGUCUUCAUUCAGGAAAAAUUAAUGUAAUUUUGGUCAACAUGAGUACUAAAACCAAUAUAAGCUUAAAAAAUAAAUUUGAUCGGGUUGUCGUCCUGGUGGAUAUGGAUUGUUUCUACUGCCAAGUGGAAGAAAAAUUGACCCCCGAAAUCAAGGGAAAACCAAUCGCCGUGGUUCAGUACAACCCGUGGCAGGGAGGAGGAAUCAUUGCAGUUAACUACCCAGCACGAGCCAAAGGAGUAACACGACACAUGCGAGGCGACGAAGCAAAGCAACACUGCCCAGAAAUCGAAUUACCUCAAGUUCCGCAGGUUCGCGGCAAAGCUGAUCUUACUAGGUACCGCGAAGCAGGCAAGGAAGUUGCCGAGGUUCUGAAAUGCUUUACACCCCUCCUGGAACGUGCGAGUAUCGACGAAGCCUAUCUUGACAUAACCGAACGGGUGCUUGUUAGAAUACGUGAAAUGAAUGAGGGAAAAUUUCAGCUACUUCCGGACAAAUUGGUCAACACGUUUGUCGUUGGGUAUGAAAAUAUCGGCGAAUUUGUAAAGAAACUUUCCAACAACUCAGACGACCAGAGCUCUGACAAGUUAGAGUACAAGAAAAGUGACAUCAAGCUGCUUGUGGGUGCAUCGAUCGUGAACGAGAUACGUGCUGCUGUGAAGGAAAAAACUGGCUACGAGUGUUCGGCAGGAAUUGCGCAUAACAAAAUCCUUGCCAAACUCACUGCCGGGUUUCACAAACCGAACAAACAAACCAUCCUACCGAUCGAUAGCAUACCGAAGCUGUAUGAAACGUUGCCGGUGAAAAAGGUGAAAGGUUUAGGCGGUAAGCUAGGUGAACAGGUAUGCGAAGUGCUGAAGAUAAAGUUUAUGUCGGAGCUGGAACAAUUCCCGGAGAGUUUGCUUCAGCAGCACUUCGAGGAGCGAAUGGGUAGUUGGAUGUAUCUGAUGGCACGUGGCAUCGAUCUGGAAGCUGUAACGGCAAAGUUUCACUCGAAAAGUAUCGGUUGCUGUAAACGUUUUCCGGGUAAGAAUGCCAUCACCGGGUUGGCCACGUUGACUCACUGGUUGAGUGAACUGGCCACGGAAGUUGCGGAGAGGCUUGAGAAAGACUUGGAUGAAAAUAAUCGUACAGCCAAGCUUCUAACAGUCAGUUACUGCCAACAGAUCGACGAUGUGGAUGUUUCCAGCACAAGGAGUAUUCCAUUGGUGGCAUAUGAAAUCGAACGAAUAGCUACCGAUGCGUUGGAAGCAAUCAAAAGAAACACGGACCGAUUUCUAAAGACAAACUCCACGACAGUGUUAAACAAUGCGAUCAAAUUUCUUGGACUUAGUGCGGGAAAAUUUGAAUCCAACGGGGCCACCAAAGGUGGAGGAAUAAAGGAAAUGUUUCAAAGUUACUCUGCCAAGGGAGCCACUGCUGAAGAAGGACCCAGCGGAAUGGGACGACGAAAGAGUAGCACCGAACCUGCAAUGCUGGAGGUUCUUGAUGCGGCACCUUCUGCAACUGGGACGAGCGAAAAGAUAAAACCUAAAAAAGACAUAAAGCAUUUCCUUCAGCAGCAAUGUAAAGGUGCAAUUGCAGUCUGUGAGGAUGAACCAAAGCUUCCUCAUUCUGAAGGGGAAACCCAAGACACCAAACCUGUUUCCUCUGCCACUAAAGUACAAUAUUCCGACCCUUUGGCUGAAACAGUGAAACCGAAAAAAGAUAUUAAGCACUUCCUUCAGCAGCAAUCUACUGCUGCAAAAAAAUCUGCUAGUGAAGAUAGUCAACAACUUAAAACUGAAACGGUUGAAGAAAAAGCUGCAAAUCCAGAUCCUGAUCAGAUGAAACCGGAGGGAGGUUACAAAAGUGUUCUUCAUCAGAGUACCGCUAAAUCAAAAGAUCACAACAUUAUCGAGUUAAAAUCCAUACAUAACGUAGUGGAGACCAACUCGACCAAUCAUUCUAAAAGAGAGGAAACCCCGACUUCGGCAACAUAUAAUGGAAAUAUUGAACCAGAUAAGAAUCAACCUGUUACGGAAACCAAGAGAGACGAAACGUUGGAAAACUCAUCAUCUACUGCAGAAGCUAAACCACAACCAAACUACAAAGAAACAUACGCUGAAUUCAACUUCAUUCCACCCGUAGAACCAGCCAUAGUCACCGUUGAUUGUCAGCAGUGCGGUUCAAAAAUCCCUGAAAACGAAUACAUAUCUCACCAGGAUUUUCAUUUCGCCUUAUCGUUGAGCCAGCAACAACGAGAUGAGUUUAGAAACGGCUUGAAAUCCAAACUUGCCGCCGGCACUAAUGCUGCUGCUGCGAAGGGUACGAAAUCUCCAAUUCCAGCAAAGAGGCCGUCUAAAACUCCUUCCGGUCCAGCGACGCAUUCAUCGAGCUCGGGUGUGUCAAUCGAACGAUUCCUAUCGAAAACACGAAGCAUCGAUGAAGGCCCAAUCAUCGCGAGUACAAGCGAAACAGAGACCCAUAGUAGGUGUCCGGAGUGCGGUAAGAUGAUCGCCUUGCUGGCAAUUUCAGAACAUCAGGAUUAUCACGUUGCUAAACGGUUGCAGCAGGAACUGCAUCGUCUCGAAGCGCCAGCACAACCACAGACUGGUGAUACUGCCAGCACAAAGAGGAAGCGACCCAGUACGGCGGUGGAAGAAAUAAUGUUGCCGGCGAAACAAAAGGUCAAACCGGUGUCAUCUUAUUUUUCCAAAUUGUAAAACGCGUCUUUUAGGUUGAAAUUGUGCAAACAUUGGUAUGUUAAAUUA